ACCAAUCAGGUGGUGGAGCAUGUCGGACCAGUCUGUCUUUAACGCAGUCUCAUGACAUGGGAAAAACCGAAACUACGGCGAAUUCGCCCACACUCUUCUUGUUACUCUGGAAAACCAACGCGUGCGCCAACGCAAACUCAAAGGAAAUGGGAAGAUCUUAAGUUGAAGAUAAGUGAGGACUCCACCCAUUCAGACAUGGCCUCCAGCAUCAGCAUGUCGGAGGAGCAGUUCCUCUGUUCCAUCUGUCUGGACACGUUCACUCGGCCCGUUUCCACUCCGUGCGGACACAACUUCUGCCUGGCCUGCAUCACGCGUUACUGGGACGACGCGCCGCUCUGCCAGUGCCCGCUCUGCAAGGAGACGUUCCAGACGAGGCCGCACCUCAAGGUCAACACCUUCAUCUCGGAGCUCGCGUCGCAGUUCCUGCUGCUUCAGGUGACGGACGCGCGGGCGUGGAGCUCGGAGCGGCCGCCGGCGAACUCUGGCGCCGCGGUGCUCUGCGACGUUUGCACCGACGCCCAGCGGGGGGCCGUGCGGUCAUGUCUGGAGUGUGUGACCUCCUACUGCGACCUGCACCUGGAGCCGCACCACCGGGCUGCAGGACUGAGGGGGCACACGCUGGUCGACCCUCUGGAAGAUCUGGAGGCCCGGAUGUGCAAGGAGCACAACCGCCUCCUCAGGUUGUUUUGUCGAAGGGACAACGUUUUGCUGUGCGACGUCUGCAGCAGGUUACGCAACUUGAGUCACCACGUCGUUCCCGUGCAGCAGGCGUUCAGAGAGAUGAGAGACGAGCUGGAGGUCGCGGACGCCAGGGCGCGGGAGAUGAUCCGCGAGAGGCAGGAGAAGGUGCAGGCGACGAGGGCGUCGGUGCAGCAGAGCCAGAGGGACACCGGCGCCGCCAUCGCACGGAGCACGGAGGAGCUGGCGGCGCUGGCGUCUGAGAUCCAGAGGAGCCAGGCGGAGCUGGUGCAGGUGAUGGAGGAGAGGCAGAAGGCGGCGGAAGAAGAAGCGGAGGGCUUCAUCGGCUGCUUGGAGCGGGACGUGGCCCAGCUGGAGGCGGCGCGGGGGAGGCUGAGGGAGCUGGAGGCGGGAGGGGACCAGCUCCGCUUCCUCCAGGAGGUCCCCGACGCCUGCGUCCUGCCCCGGACCGCUGACCCGACCUCCUUCAGCUUUGACAGGCACGUCUGGCUGCAUCAAAUCCGCACGUGUUUGAGCAGCUCCGUGUCUCAGUUGCAGGCGGUGCUGAAUAACAUCAACGCACAAAUGAGUGAGUUCUCCGGCAGCGAGGACGCAUCUGACACUACGCUGGAGUACAUGCAGCAGCACAAGGUCAACGUGGUGCUGGACGCUUCCACAGCUCACCCGCAGCUCAUUUUGUCUGAUGACAGGAAGGAGGUGAGGUUCAGCAUGAGCCUGGUUCUGUGGCGGUUCCAGAACCUGUACCGAAGCCCCAACACGUUCACGGAGAACCUUGCCGUCCUGGGAGAGCAGGGCUUCAUGUCCUGCAGGUUUUACUUUGAGGUGUUCGUCGGGAGAAAGACCGAGUGGUGCCUGGGCGUGGCCAAGGCCUCGGUGCAGAGGAGAGGACCCAUGGUCCAAACACCCCACAACGGAGUCUGGUCUCUGUGGUUCAAGAAGGACAGGUUUGAGACGCUUAGCUAUCAAGAUGUGCCGGUGUGCUGGGGGAAGGUGGAACGAGUGGGAGUUUUUGUGGAUUACAAUCGAGGUCAGGUCUCGUUCUUUAAUGUUCAGACUGAGACACUUAUUUACUCCUUUACAGAGUGUCACUUUACAGAAGCUUUGCAUCCGUACUUCAACACAGGUGACAAUGAGUACGGCUCCAACCUGGACCCCAUGGUCAUUGUUCCUGUCGGUCAAAUGCGUUAACAGCUAAAAUGCAGCCAAAUUUUAGUGUGACUUUGUUGGGAUAUAUCUGUGCACUCUUGCUCACUAUUAAAGGGAAGUGUUGAAAAUGUUCUGUGUGUUUCUGCUGGAGACAUUACGGUACGUUAAAAGGUACAGUAUGGUACGUCUUUUUUGGUUCUUCCUAAAUGCACCUGUAAUGUAUGUAACUUGUAACGUGUGUCGGAUGGACAGAGCUGACAGAGCAGAUGAGUAGAUUCUUUUUAUCUUAAAGAAAUGAAUAAGUA